AUGGGUCUCGCACGGUCCAUCCAAGCGGAACAUAGAGAUUGGACGUCACAACCAAUCACUUUCGACCACAUGGAUUAUUCCAGAAGCGUUCGAAAUGCAGGAUGGACUGCCCUGAUAUUGGAUCCUAUAAUCGACGGACUACAAUUUACUCAAAUCCUGAUGGAUGGAGGCAGCGACCUAAACCUGCUGUAUCCAAACACAAUCCGCAAGUUGGGGAUAGACCCUACUAAAAUUCGACACAGCCGCACUUCCUUCAAAGGAGUGACGCCAGGCCCUUACGCCAAGUGCACAGGCUCCCUAUUACUAGAAGUCGUGUUCGGAUCAACGAACAACUUUCGAUGCGAAAAACUAAUUUUUUAUAUCGUCCUAUUUAAAAAUGGCUAUCAAGCACUCUUGGGACGAGAGGCUUUUGUCCGUUUCAAUGUCAUACCACACUACGCGUCUCUUACACUCAAGAUGCCCGGUCCACAUGGCAUCAUUUCAGUACGAGGGUCACUUAAAAGACCCCGGACACGGUUAGACGAGUCCGGCAUAAGUAAGAUAGGGGCUCCCUAG